GGAUAAGACAGCACACAUCCUUCGGUCAGUUUCCCAAAGGGCUCUCCUUUCUCGCUCACUCACAAAGCACACACAGUGAAGAAACGAAGACUGAGCAAAAUCGAAGCAAAAAUGGAAGCGGGUAUGUCUCUAAACGCAGUCGUUCGGCUUCCGCUGUCGAGUUCGAGAACCCAUGAAGAUGGUUUGGUCAGGCACUCAUUGGUCUCCACGACGACGACGACGACCCAGAAGGCAGAGCAAAGGCAGGGCCGCAAACUGGUCGUUCAAGCAAAGAGCAAAAGGGGAAUGAUGGCUCGCCAAUUUCAAGCCAAGAAGCCUCCACCUCCUGCCAUGCCCAAGAUUGAAGACGACGGCAACCCACGUUUCGUUGUAUUCAUGAGAAUGGCUAAUGUUUACCUAUGGUACCCACUUAGUGUUAUAUCAGGCGGAACCACGGCUAAAAUCAUGGUUGCAGCAAAAGAUAAUUUUCUGGGGAAAUAUAUAUAUAAAGAUACACUUGCUAGAAAUCUUGCUGCAGUUAUUUACAGGGACGAGAAGGAAAUACAGAAGACAGCAUUCAAGCAGUACCGAGUGUUGCGGUCAGCUACUGAUUUUAGAUAUGGCUACAAAAUUGUGGAAAAUGGUAACAUGAGAGCAGCACUUUCUACCUCGGAUGUAAUUGAGCUUCCAACAAAAGACAAGCUCAAAACAACUUUUGACAAAGUGAAAGAUUUUUUUGGGGAUGCAAAGGAAUCUUUCGGCAAGCUGACAACACUGAACUUAUCCGAGUCCGAGGAAUCAGAAGAAAAAUCUGCACAACAGGAAAAGGUAAAAGGCUGAAGGGCAGAUAGGUUCUGUGAGAUAGUGAAGCUUAUUCAGCUGCGUGCACAUUUCGCGAAAGGUCGUUUGGGAUGAUUGUACACACGGUUUUGUUUAUAGAUCUCUCUGUCCAUUAAACAUGAUUUUAUGUUCUUUGCCAAUAACAUCUGAUACAAAUUUAGCCUGUUCCACACUUUUAUUUCUGAAAAUCUCUUGAAACUGCU